AUGCCGAUGCGGCAUAUAUGGGGCCGCGCGUUUCUGUGUGUGUCUGUCGCUCGUAGCUGCUUCGUCGCUGACUUUUCGUUUGCUGCCUCCCUCUCGGGCGGCUUUCCAGUCCCUUUCGACCCUUCUCUUGCCGCUUACCUGUCCCCGAAGCUUCGGCCUUACUCUUCACUUAGAAGGAGCGGCAGCGGCAAAACAAGCGACAGCACGAUGGGGGAGAAAGGCGCGGAUGCCGCUGCAGCUACUAAGCGGUUGGAAGCCUUACGGCUGCUUCUACAAGGACAGCAGCUUGACGGGAUGAUAGUGGACGAUGCAGAUGCGCAUGGCAGCGAACUCCCUGCGAGUUCCUUCGCGCGGCGGACUUUUUUGUCUUCCUUCAGUGGAUCUAAUGGAUUGGCCUUGGUUACCCGGGAGGCGGCGCUUCUGUGGACUGAUGGGAGAUAUUUCGCCCAGGCAGAGCAGCAGCUGCCACAAGGCUUGUGGCGGCUUAUGAAGUCAGACUUCGGCAACACGCCGACCCUGUCGCAGUUCCUGAGACAAAACCCCCAAAUUCGGCGACUGGGCGUAGACGGCUUCUCAACUUCCUUGGGGCUCCUCAGCCAAAUAAGAGAGGCGGGCUUCAGCCUCGCACGAGGGGGAUCUACAGCCCAACAGGAAAAACAGGACUCGGCAGGGAGACAAGUCGUACUUCUGGAGAAGAAUCUUGUGGACGAAGUCUGGGGUUCUCUACGACCAUCGCAUCCGAACAGCACGGUGUACGUACACCCCAAGGAAUAUCGAGGUCUGUCCACACGGGAGAAGGUGACAAAGACGCUGGAGGCGAUGGCUAAGGAGGGUGCUGACCUUCUGCUUCUUUCGGUAACUAACCACGGCUCAGGGUUCAGGCUUAACGGUUACGGGCUAGGGGUUGGGGCCUGGCGGAACGAAGAAGGAGGAUACGCGGCCCUUGGCCAUAGUCUGGACGAGGUGGCUUGGCUGACGAACCUGCGGGGAUCGGAUCCACCAAACAGCCCUGUAUUUUAUUCUUACGCUCUGUUGGUCAGAAGCUCAUCGGAAGCCUCUGCUGGGGGACCCCAUAAAGACAGCUCCUGUCAUUGGCGUUUGUUGGUCUACACGGACCCCAAUAGGCUGUUGGCCCCCGCCAAGACUGAACUGGAGAAAGAAGGCGCGAUAUUGAGGCCAUAUGAAGAGCUCGCCAGCGACCUGCAGCACCUGUUUAGCUGGGAGGCACGUAAUCACCUGCAGCAGCAGCAGCAAAAGGAAUUCGGAGGUCAACAGCAGGAGCGGGAACAACAGAGAGGAGGCCAAGGGGGCCUUGUGGCUGCCGUCGACUCCCUACUAUCUGGCGGCGACGGUUAUCUCCAAGAGCCAAGCCCCAAGCUGAAGAAGCAGGAAGCCCUGGAGGCACAGCAGGCCGCGUGGUUGGACCCCAAGAUCAAUCUGGCGAUACACCGCAUUGUGGCUGACUCCAGACGUCUGAUUGUCAAGGACACGCCCGUCGCCGUCGCUAAGGCUUCUAAAGACGAAGUGGAACUCAGAGGGAUGAUAGAGGCGCACGAGGAUGACGGAGCAGCCCUAGCCACAUUCUUCUGCUGGUUUGAAAAGCAGCUACUCGCCAAUGCCGGAGCAGCAGCAAUACACCAACAGCAGCAUCUGGACCAUUGCGAAGAAGAAUGCAUCCUGACAGAGUUUACCCUCAAAGAAGCUGUUGAUGCAGCGAGAGAAGCCACAGGGGACGUCCUUCACAUCAAUCUCUUGCUUUGGCUCCAACUGCGCCUUAGCGCAUUACAGGUAGAUGCACACCUAGAGGAAAGGGGCACCAAGGGCCAAUCUUCAUUGCUUUUCCUUUUCUUGCCGGACCCGAAGACGAGUCUACAGCUAAAGGCUUCGCUAUCAGAGCCUGGAGGUCGGCUAUGCGUAACAGUUAGGGGCCCUGGUGGAUGUCCCCUAGCUCAAGACGAGGCCCCUGUGUUUUUGCUGGACUCGGGAGGACAAUACCUGACGGGGACAACAGAUGUUACGCGCACGCUGCAUUUGGGCGAUCCCACCGAGGAGCAAAAGGAGGCGUACACCCUUGUGCUAAAGGGGAUGAUUGGGCUGAGCGCGCAGAAGUUUCCGGAGGGCACUAGGGGACCGCAGAUCGAUGCACUGGCACGGCAGCACCUCUGGAACAAAGGCCUCGACUAUCUUCACGGGACUGGCCACGGAGUGGGGCACUUUCUCAACGUGCACGAAGGUCCCAUUGGCAUUUCUCCCCGUUUGACGGGUGUGGCGUCCUUGCACGAAGUGAAGCCGGGCGCCGUCCUUUCUAUCGAACCAGGCUUUUAUAAGGAUGGUUCCUUCGGGAUUCGCAUUGAGAACCUCGCAGCGGUGAAGCCGAGCAGCCUUACCUAUCGGGGGCGUCGGUUUUUGCAGUUCGAGUCUCUUACCCUGGUGCCUAUUCAGGCCAGAUUAAUCGACACUUCGCUGCUCACCCCUCAGGAGGCAGCGUGGCUUGAUGCAUACCACCGAGAGGUGUUUUCACGCAUAUCUUCUCGGCUGGCUGCGAAAGAAAAGAAGGCCCCCUUCCGCCCUCCCUUGCCCAAGGCAGUUUCUGUCACAAGCGAGGAGGUCCUCACCUGGCUAAGGAGAAAUACCCAGCCCCUGGAGCAGCUCUUACAGCAGGAUUUCUCCUAA